GACAAUGUUAGUGUACAGCGGAGUAUCUCACAAACCAAGAUGGCGGAUGAGAGUAAACGAAGGAUUACCGUUCUUUAUGGAUCACAAACAGGCACAGCUGAAGAAGUAGCUGAAAGAAUUGGACGAGAUGGGAAACGUAGACACCUAUCGGUCCGUGUGAUGGCGUUGGAUGAUUAUAAUCUGGGAAAUUUAAUCCAGGAGAAUGUUGCGAUCUUUGUUUGUUCUACUACAGGUCAGGGAGAUGAACCCGAUAACAUGAAGAAAUUCUGGAAGUUUAUUAUGCGAAAGAACUUGCCAAGUAAUUCAUUAUGUCAGUUGUCCUUUGCCGUUCUUGGUUUGGGGGAUUCUUCCUAUGCAAAAUUUAAUUUUAUUGGCAAAAAGAUUUACAAGCGACUGUUACAAUUAGGAGCAACCUCAAUACAUUCUCUUGGGCUUGCUGAUGAUCAACAUGAUUUGGGUGCUGAUGCAGUGAUUGAUCCUUGGCUAAAUGAGUUGUGGAAAAAGAUCCUUGAAAAAUAUCCAAUUCCACAAGGAAAAGAAAUAAUAAGUGCUAAUAUCAGACCUUUACCAAGAUUUAGGAUAUCAUUUAUUGAUAAAAGCAGCAAGAGGGAUUGUGUGAUAAACAACACCUUGAAUGUUGGUGAACCAUCAAAGAAUCAUCCGUUUUAUGCAAAACUAAUAUCAAAUGAAAGAGUAACUCCGUCUGAUCACUGGCARGAUGUUAGACUUGUCUGUCUGGAUACUUCAAACUCUCAAAUCAAGUAUAAACCAGGAGAUGUUGUKAUGGUAAAGCCAAGCAACUUAAAAGAUGUUGUACAAGAGUUUAUUGAGUUUUUAAAUUUAGAUCCAGAUAAAGUAUUCACUCUACAACAAAAUGAUCCAGAUGUCCCAUUGCCCAGUGGACUUCCUAGCCCCUGUUCUAUUAAGUACCUAGUGGAGCAAUAUCUUGAUAUACAAGGGAGGCCCAGGAGAUAUUUCUUUGAACUUCUCUCACAUUUUACAACRUCUGAACUGGAAAAGGAAAAACUUUUGGAAUUUAACUCUGCUGAGGGUCAGGAAGAGCUGUAUUCAUACUGCUAUCGAUUGAAAAGAACCAUAUUAGAGGUUCUUCAGGAUUUUCCACAUUCCAGCGCUAAUAUUCCACUGGAUUAUCUACUGGAUCUUAUUCCACCAAUCMAACCAAGAGCUUUCUCCAUUGCUUCUUCUCAAUUGAGUCACCCAAAUGAAAUACAAAUUUUAAUGGCUGUUGUGAAUUAUAAAACAAAACUGUCAAAGCCUCGUCGUGGUUUAUGUUCAACAUGGCUGUCAUCUUUAGACGCAAAAACUGAUCAUCAUAUCCCAAUAUGGAUUACAAAAGGCACCAUAUCACCACCACGUGAUGUACAUACACCUAUGAUUAUGAUAGGACCUGGAACUGGAGUUGCUCCAUUCAGAAGUUUUAUUGAAGAUAGAGUAAAGCUUGGUGGAAGAGAUUGUGUAUUGUUCUUUGGAUCACGUAAUCGUGGGAAGGACUUUUUCUUUGAAGACCAGUGGAAAGACUUGAGUAGGCAAAACUUAUUACAAGUUUUACCAGCUUUCUCGCGUGAUCAGGAAGAAAAGGUUUAUGUACAGCAUGUGAUGCGAAGAAACAGCUCUCUGAUCUGGGAUUUGCUGCACAACAAGUCAUCCUACUGUUACCUAGCAGGGAACUCACAGCGCAUGCCAGUUGAUGUUAACGAAGCUCUUCUAGAAAUCUUCAGCGAAGAAGGAAAUAUGGACAAAGAAGAAGCAGAAAGUUAUCUAAAACAGCUUGAAAAUUCUAAAAGGUUUCAAAGUGAAACCUGGUCUUAAUAACUAUUGAUAGCUAGCAUUCACACCRUUUUUCAAAAAUAUGAGUGUUAUACCCAAGAGGUGUGUGCACUUCUGCUACACCUUGAUUCAUAUUUUUAAGAAAAGGUGCGAAAAUAGUUGAAAACCGACCCAAACCAUGGGAAGAAUGUACUCAAAAUAAUAUGCAUUGUUGACAUUAAAAUAAAAUAGAAGUGUUACAGUGUAGGUAA